AUGCUGGUCAUACUAUUACUGCUGGCGUCGGCGCUGGUGCUAGGGGUCACAUUGCUGAGCGAUGUGCGCCUUUGCCGCAACCGCUGCCAAGUGCUGCCACUGCUGAGCGAGGUGGUAGAGGCACCAUGUGUCCCGUCCGACAAGUUUGAGCACCGCCUGGUCUACAUCGACUGCGAGAUCGACACCAGGCACACGUUCUACGCCCCGAAGGAGUUCUCGAGCAACAUAUACUCGUACACCGGCGCCUUCUUCGACACCCGCGUGGAGAUGUACCAAUGGGUAGACAAAGUAGGCUACUACGGCGUGCACAAGGUCGGCGCAUUCGUGGACCACGCGGUGACACAGAAAAAUUUUGUGGAGACCCUGUUCUCAACGGAGCGCAACCCGGGGUACAUCCCGCAUGUGCCUGGCUUCGGGCGCAAGUUUGCGCCGAAGCUCAAGCUGGGCGGCUACAGCGUCCCGCCGGGCGCGUUUGCGGCGGUGCGGGGAGUCAGGCAGCUGCCGCUUAUUGACGACCGUUGGUAUCAGCCAUCGGAGAUCACGUACCCGCUCCCGGUGCCCAAUGUGGACUACCUCAACACCCAGGUGCACAACAAUGCGCUGUACACCGGCGACCCCCAGAACCCGAAGAUUGGUGAUCUGAGGGUCACCUUUUGGGGCAAUGAUACGAUGCGCUUCAGCGCUAUCGGGCGCCAGAGAACUGCGUUGAUACCUAAGGAGACGUUUUUGGAGCCGUUUCCGCUACUGGAUGACAGCGUGGUGCUUGUCGGGGAAGGCGGCGGUUCGCCUCUCGACCUGGCCACCGCCUACUACAGCCAGUUCGAAAGCACGCAGGCAACGUAUUGGUCGUUGCGCCUGGCUUCGUUGGUGCUAAUUACGGCGACUCUCUAUCUGUACUACUACGGCCUACGGGCACCCAAGGUAGGCGAGAUUUGGCACUAUCCGCAAUGCGCGAAGAGCCGGGUAACGCUGCUGCUCUGCAGUUUUUGCGCAAGCUCGGCCACGCUGUGCAUGCUGGAGGCUGUGAUCUGGAUGCGCUACCGAUUUUACCUUUUUUUCCUCCUGUUUCUGCUCGGCUGCGGGUUCUGCGGUGCCGUGAUGUCCAUAUGGAAGAUGGACCCGUGCUCCGGCUGGGACCCGACCCACGACAGCGGAUACCUGGGUGUCCUGGGCCGCUACGACUCCCGGCGGUGGUCGACGGCGUCACCCACCGCGAGCGUUGCUCUGAGCAGCGACCGCCCCCUGCUCCCGUCACUCAACAUCAGCGGGGGGAGGAAAGCGUCGAACUUCUUCGAGCCUGAAGUGGACGAACUGCGUUUCUCGAAGCCCGUGCCCGCAAUAGUACGCAUAUACUCGAUAACGGAUGGCGUCAGCGGGAACAAGCCGGGGUUGCGCCACCUCCGUGACUUCAUGGCCUCCAAGUCCCCCGAAGACAAUGUCAAGGUGGUCAUCUGCGGAGGUGACGGGAGCGUGGUGUGGCUCAUAGGCGAGAUGGAUGCUCAUUCAAUCGACUACAGCACGAUCACCUUCGCCAUCGUGCCCUACGGAACGGGCAAUGACCUCGCUCGUGCUGUCAACUGGAACGACUUCAACGGCCUCAUGCCGUUCGACAUGAACAUGACACCGCUGAGGCGCGUCCUCGAGCGGAUGUACAAGGCGGAGGAGAUCCAGCACGACCUGUGGCAGAUUUUAAUCACGGUUGAGCCAGAAGGGUCGUUCAACAAGAUCAGCUCCUCGACGCAUCAGAAGCAGACCAUCCUCGACGCGGAAGGUCAUGAGGUGUUGCACAUGGAGUUCGUCAUGGGCAACUACUUCAGCUUGGGCGUGGACGCGAGGAUCGGGCGCGGGUUCGACCGCCUGCGCUCCAACUCGGGCCCGAUGAACAAGUUAAUUUACCUGAUGCAAGGCAUGAAGAACACGUUCCGGCCUGUUGUACGCGUCGACAAGCAGAUUGACAAAAUGCUCUGCGGCGAGGGGUACACCAAGACCGUGUUCACAACCGACACCCACAACCUCGAGUUCCCCAUCCUCCCGCGCACCGCCUCGCUCGUGGCGCUCAACAUCCCCAGCUACUCGGCUGGCGUGGCUGCGUUCACGAAGGCGCGCCGCAUCGGACUCGAGAACUUGCGCGAGGACGAGAUACGCGAGCUGAAAAAGACCUCGCAGAAGAUGGGUGACAGCCGCAUGGAGUUCGUGACCUACAGGCGAAUCACGCACAUUGCCGCCGACUUUUGUGGCCUCGGGGUGGCUCGCCGCUUGCACUUCGGCGCGGGCCCGUGGAAGAUUCUGUUCAAGGAGCUUCCCCCGAGGGAGAAGGUGUACUUCCAGGUGGACGGCGAGUUUUUCGUAAUGCUGCAGCCCAAGGACGUGGAGAUCAAGCACUUCAAGACCAUCAAGCUCCUGAAGUGA